AUGACGAAGUUUGUUCUAGCUUCAGGAAAAGCCAGCUGGCUCACGUUACCUGCAGUGGCUGCUCAAUCUAAGCGGGCUGUCCUGGCCCGCAGUGGAUUAGGGACUGCUCUUCCAGAGGUAAAACCAGGGCCGGGUGGAAGGAGUGGUGAGCAGCGGCUACGGGUGGCACAGCUGUUUGCUAAAUUAAUGCCUCUGUACAGCCUUCCUUUGGAAGGUUUGUCUGUCUGGAGCCCUUUGGAAAAUGGAGCUGCCUGUGCAAAAAGCUUAUCAGAUGCUCCCUUACAGGUCACCCACCAUGACAGGACCAGCCUGGAUUAUUACAAGAAUGACAGCAUGGUGAUGUCUCUGGCUGGACAUGUUUUAAAUGACACUGACCUUAUGUGUGACAGGAGGCAGGUCAGGCAGUUUGCUAGAACUUUCCUGCCGGUGUUUUUCUGGCUGAUCUUCUCUGUGGGCACAGUGGGAAAUGUAUUGGUUGUGCUGGUCUACUGCAAAUACCGCUUCAGGAAGAGCAUGACGGAUCGGUACCUGCUGCACUUGGCCAUUGCUGAUCUGCUCCUGCUUUUCACCCUCCCUUUCUGGGCCAAAGCAGCCUCUGAUGGCUGGAUCUUUAAGAGUUUCAUGUGCAAAAUCGUCAACAGCAUGUAUAAGAUCAACUUCUACAGCUGCACCUUGUUUCUAACGUGUAUCAGUUUCGACAGGUACAUCACCGUUGUCCAGGCAACAAAAGCUAAAAAUUCUAAGCAAAAAAGACUCCUGCGCAGCAAACUCAUGUGCUUGGCUGUCUGGUUGACCUCUGUGAGCCUGUGCAUCCCAGAAAUUGUGUACAGCGAAAGUAGGCGAGUUGGCGACAUAACAACCUGUAAAAUGACAUACCCGCCAACCAUCAACAGGACCUUCCGAGUCACUGUCCUGGCUCUGAAAAUCACAAUAGGCUUUUUCCUUCCGCUCCUUGUCAUGGUGAUUUGUUAUACCCUUAUCAUCCACACCCUCCUUCAAGCCAAAAGAUCCCAAAAGCAGAAGUCACUGAAGAUCAUCACCACCAUCAUCACCGCUUUCCUCAUCUCCCAGUUCCCAUACAACAGCGUUCUGCUCAUGAAAACCCUCCACACGUACACCCGUGCCACGCUCAGCUGCCAGGCUGCCGACCGCAUGGACAUCGGCCUCCAGGUCACCCAGGGCAUCGCCUUCCUGCACAGCUGCCUCAACCCCUUCCUCUACGUCUUUGCCGGCGAGCGGUUCCGCCGGGCGCUGUGCCGCAUCGCGCGCUGCCCGAAUGGGGGCCACGAGCAGAGCUCCUCCGCGUGCGACAGCCAGGAGCGCAGCUCAAACUGGUCCUUCGCCAUGCUGGGUAGGCGACGCGUGAGGAGCUCCCUGACCCUGAGCACCCACCUGAACGUGUCGGUCAUGCCCCCCUCGUGCCAAGCCCUCAUGUAA